ACGGUAAGCCGUCAGUGAACUGUGGUGGAUUUGGGAAAGGUUAAAGUGAACCUGAAGAGUACGAACCAUGCCGUUCAUUGACCUUCAGUCGAGGCUGGGAAUCAGCUUGGACAACUGGAUCCUGGCCCAGAGCGGAGAGCAGCCUUACAAACGAGCCACACGCUGCCACGCCUUUGAGAAAGAGUGGAUUGAAUGUAGCCAUGGCAUCGGUCAGACUCGUGCUAAAAAAGAAUGCAAGCUCGAGUUUGAAGAUUUCUAUGAGUGCAUGCACCGAGAAAAGACGAACAAGCGCUUGAAUGAGAUCCGGAAGCAGAGGGACAAGCUGAUUAAAGAAGGCUCAUACACACCUCCUGCACAUCACACUGGCGAUGAAGAACUUCGGCCCUGAGCCCUCAGCUCCCUGCCUGGCACACUGUUAGACACUCGGUGUGCUCGCUCACUCACUCACUCACUCGUGUAUUAUAAUUAUUAUUCUGACAAAGUUGUUUAUCUACUCAAAAUGUAAUAAAUACUAUUCAUCAUUUCA